GGGAUAUAUAUACCGAUGAUGGCUGAUGAUCAGAAGAAGUUGUGUGAGGAAUGGAAGCCAGUGUUGGUAAUGUUGGGCAUAGAUAUCGCCUUAGCCGUAGUAAAUUUGCUUCUCAAGAAGGUGCUUCAGGAGGGAAUGAACCACCUGGUUCUGGUCACCUACCGCCAGUCAAUCUCCACAGUUUUCUUAGCCCCCAUUGCCUAUUUUUGGGAAAGGAAAACCAGACCAAAACUCACAGCUCCCACCUUAUGUCGCCUUUUCUUCAGUGCAAUAGUCGGGGCAACCAUCACACAAAACCUCUUCCUUUACGGGAUUGAAUUCACUUCUGCAACCUUCGCCUGUGCCUUCAUUAACAUGGUGCCUGCCAUCACAUUCUUACUGGCUCUACCAUUCAAGUUAGAGAGGGUGAACUUGAAGAGUAAGAGCGGGAAAGCAAAGGUGUUGGGUACAGUGGUGUGUGUUGGUGGUGCCAUGUUGCUCACACUCUACAAAGGAACUCCAUUGACCAACCGCAACCCCAUGACGUCGACGACCAACCAUCAGGUGGGGUGGUCCUCUUCCACCUCCUCCAGUUCACCACCACUUAUUCCAAAUAAGAAUAAUAAGAGGGUGGGCGGAGAGAAAUGGACGAUGGGUUCAUUAGCUUUGGUUGCUGGGAGCAUCUCCUGGUCAUCGUGGUUCCUUAUCCAAGCCAAGAUUGCUAAGCAAUACCCAUGCCAGUAUUCUAGCACAGCAAUCAUGUUGUUCUUCAGUGCCCUUCAAUCUGCUCUGCUGAGUUUCCUUAUUCGCAGGGACCUGUCCAUGUGGAUCCUCAAAGGCAAAACUCAGAUCUUGACUGUCUUAUAUGCUGGAAUGAUGGGAUCAGGCUUAUGCUUUGUGGGCAUGGCAUGGUGUGUCAAGAAAAGGGGUCCCCUCUUCACUGCAGCAUUUAGUCCACUCAUUCAGAUCAUCGUAGCUAUGUUUGAUGUUACCAUCCUACAUGAACAACUUCAUAUAGGAAGCAUAUUGGGAUCUAUUCUUGUAAUUGUUGGCCUCUACGUUCUCUUAUGGGGUAAGAGCAAAGAGGCAAAAGAUAGUGCUGUGACAAAGGCCCAAGUAGCAGUAGAAGAAGAAGAAUCAUCAUUAUCAUGAUGUGCAGCAAGCAGGAAAUGAAGCAACACAUGUAUAACACAUCCUGAUCAGACUCCAAUUAAUGUUAAUUUUUCCUUAAUUUUAUAUAUGGGGACGGGGUGAAUUAAUGGUAUGCCAUUCCGGCCUCACUGAUGGGUCAAUUAAUUGUUCCUUCAAAAUGGAAU